UCUCUCAUCCUUCCUUUCUUCCCUCUUACCCCACUACUUUCUAUACCCUCCUUUCUGGAGAGAUUGAAUUUAUGACCUUACAUUUACUAGACAAGGACUGUACCACUGAUCUACAUUUAAAUCAUAGAUUCCUCUUAAAUGUUUCAAGUAUCUACUAAAUAGACAACAAACAUCCUAGCCCAUGAACCUUCAUUCUGAAUAAAUAAAUUAUGCCUAAACUUUAGUAGUUCUUACAUCUGAAUGCUUUCUUAUGAUUGCUGGAUUACAAAAAUACAGGCAUGUAGCCAGUUGCCUUUAUAGUACUUAAUUCACUAUAACAGUCUUUUUCUUUUCAAAAGAUAUCCUAACCCCAUGGAGCCAUAUAAUUUAACAGGGGCCUUGGAGUUCCUCCUCCUUGGACUCUCAGAAGACCCUGAACUGCAGCCCAUCUUAUUUGUACUAUUCCUGCUUAUAUACCUGCUCACAGUGCUUGGGAACCUGCUCAUCAUCCUGGCCAUCAGCUCUGAUUCCCACCUCCACAGCCCCAUGUAUUUCUUCCUCUACAGUCUUUCCUUGUCUGACAUGGGCUUCAGCAGCACCACAGUCCCCAAAAUGUUGAUAAACAUGCAGACUCAUAGCAAAACUAUAACUUACACAGCCUGCCUAAGUCAGGUAUCCUUCUUCUUCCUUUUUGGAUGUAUGGACAGCCUACUACUGACUGUGAUGGCCUACGACCGAUGGGUAGCCAUUUGUCACCCUCUACACUACCAAGUCAUCCUGAAUCCUGAUCUGUGUAGACGUUUGGUCCUGGUAUCAUUUCUCAUUAGUCUUAUGGAUUCACAGAUACACUGUUUGAUGGUGUCACAACUAACAUUUUGCACUAAUAAAGAAAUCCCACAUUUCUUCUGUGAUGUUCCAGAGCUUCUAAAACUUGCCUGUUCUGAUACCUCUAUCAAUAACAUAGUCAUAUUUCUUGUAGGUAUCGUUGGUGGUUUUCUCCCUGUCUCAGGAAUCUUUUACUCCUACUAUAGAAUCAUUUCCUCCAUUUUUAGAGUUCCAUCAUUGCAUGGGAAAUAUAAAGCCUUUUCUACCUGUGGAUCACACCUGUCAGUUGUUUGCUUAUUUUAUGGAACAGGCCUUGGUGUGUACCUUAGUUCAUCUGUUUCUAAUUCUUCCAGAGAAAGUGUGGUGGCUUCAAUAAUGUAUACCACAGUGGUUCCCAUGAUUAACCCCUUCAUCUACAGUCUGAGAAAUAGAGACAUCAAGAAAGCCCUCCAGAAAAUAGCCAAAAUAACCUAACUUAACUACCUGUAUGACCCUGGAAUAUAUAGAUUUUUAAACUAUGGGUCACAUAACUGACUGUGGUAUCAUGAAAAAUGUAGCAACAGUAAAAAUUUCUGGACACAAAAUUUGAUCAAAACUUAAUGCAUACAUGUAGUGAAUCAAGAUAUAUCUUGUGGACUGGAGAGAUGG